CUAUGGAUCACCCACUGAGACAGGAAACACCACCACACAAGUGUCGUCUCAGGCACCGGCAUCUCUUUGUGCUGCUGAUGGGUCUUUUACACUUUACUUCAGGUCUUGGCCAAGUGUCCAAGUCAGUGAGAGAAAUGGCAUCACUGUCCUGUGGUUACAACAUUUCUCUUGAUGAACUGGACAGAGCUCGUGUCUACUGGCAAAAAGACGGCACAAUGGUGCUGGCUAUCAUAUCUGGGAUGGUGAAAGUGUGGCCGGAGUAUAAGAACCGGACUUUCUCUGACAUUGCUAACAACCUCUCUCUUGUGAUCCUGGGCCUGCACCUGUCGGACGGGGGCACUUAUACCUGUGUUGUUCAAAGGAGUGACAGAGGGCCUUACAGAGUGGAACACCUGAAGUCAGUGACGCUGUCAAUCAGAGCUGACUUCCCUGUCCCAGUCAUAACUGAACUUGAAGAUCCAUUUCCUGACAUUAAAAGGAUAAUGUGCUCAACCACUGGAGGUUUUCCCCAGCCUCGCCUCUCCUGGUGGGAAAAUGGAACUGUAUUAACUGACAUCAAUACAACAAUUUCCCAGGAUCCUGAAACCAAACUGUACAACGUGACCAGUGAAAUGGAUUUCAAUGCAACGUACAACCACAGCAUUGUGUGUCGUGUUGAGUACGGAGAUUCUGAAGUGUUAAAGAACUUCACCUGGGAAAAACGCCCAGGGGACCCUCCUGAUAGCCAGCCCCAACUCUGGGUCUUUAUCCUAUCAAUAAUUGCCAUUGUAAUACUAGUAAUAAUCUACCUGGCAUACAGAUGGAGAAUAAGAAGGAAUGAGGCAAGAGGAACAGAAGACAUCCAGAUUUAUGAAGGCCCUCCAGAAGCACUGACUGAACACAAUGUCUGAAGGUCCCACUUUGCUUGUGACUGACCUCUUCUGGAAGCUUCUUCUGAUAUCUAGGACUGUCCCAAACUGCCUGCAAUAUCUGUUCUUUA